AUGGAUAAUGAUUUGGAUUUAAAAUUUUUAGCUAUUGGCGAUUCGGGCGUUGGAAAAACAUGCUUACUCAAUCGAUAUGUUGAAGGAAAUUAUAAUGAAAAAUUAGCGCCAACUGUUGGUAUAGAUAUUCGAGAUAAAACUUUAUUGUAUAAAUCGAAUAAAACAAAUAAAUCAUAUAAUAUACAUUUACAAUUAUGGGAUACAGCUGGUCAAGAACGUUUUCGUAGUCUUACUGCAUCAUUUUUUCGUGAUGCUAUUGGAUUUUUACUUGUAUUUGAUUUAUCAAAUGAAACUUCAUUUAUUAGUGUACGUAAUUGGAUAACGGAAAUCCAAGCAAAUGCUUAUUCUGAAAAUGUUGAUAUGAUACUUGUUGGUAAUAAAUGUGAUUUAGAAAGUCAACGUAUAAUCAGUAAAGCUCGUGCACUUGAAUUUGCUGCACAAAAUCAUGUUGAUUAUAUUGAAACAAGUGCAUUACAAAAUAUAAAUGUUGGAGAAUCAAUUGAAUUAUUACUUGAUUCAGUUAUGGAUCGUUUAGAACAAAAUCAUAGUUUAAACACACCAAAACAAUCUACAUUGAAACCAUCAUCUACUGAUCAAAUAACACAACAAAUGUUAGAAAAUCAUACACAAAAGAAACCAAAUGUAUCCUAUUGUUGUUCUUAUUAA